AUGGAGCGAACCUGUCUCGCCAAUGCAAGCCAUGCAGCUUUCGGUCCCGGGGAUGAGGGGUCAUCCCUAGGGAGGGGCAUCUCUCGGGGGUCCUUGCCCUGGGGAGGGGGCAGUCUGGGGCAGUCCGAUGACCCAGGGAGCUUUGGGGGUCCUGGUGUCCCCACUAACCCCUGGCUCUGGCCCCUAGGGUUCACUCUGUGUCUGGCUGCAGCGGGGCCCCCCCGGCUGAGCUGCUGGUUUGUGGAGGAGGCCGGGGGGGGCGUGGGGGUGAUGCCGAGUUCCGUGACCCAGCGCAGGGCUCUGCUGCUACUGCGGGAGGUGAGAGGGGGGCACCCCGAGAUGGAGUCCGAGCUGCCCCCCGACCUGGAGCCAGGCAUGAUUUUUGACAUCGUAGACCCUGCAGGGGCCCUGCACCGUGUCCCCCUCCCAGCAGGGGGGCGCCCCAAGGAGGGGGAGCUGCCGUCCUGUGAGAUCAACGCCUACCUGCCACAGGAGGCCCACGUGCCCUGGGCAGCCGGCCUGACCCCCGAGCACCGCAGCCCCCUGGGCCUGGGGGGCACCUGGUUCAUCAGCAGCAUCCAGGCCCCCGCCAGGGGCUACGGGGUCAGCACUGUCCUCAAGAGCGAGGAGGCUGCAAUGUCCCUGCAACCGGCAGUCACCAUGGCAACUGCGGUGUUGUCCGUGUUCUCCCGCACCCCACACCUGCAUUCCCGCCUGGGCCAGGACGUGCUGCUGGACUGUGGCUUCACAGCACCACCCGGCCCCUUCUCGGUGGAGUGGCGGUACCAGUACCGGGGUGCUGGACGCGUGGUGUUGGCCUACGACGGGGUGUCAGGCCGGGCCCAUGUGGCCGAGGAGGGGGCGCAGCUGUUCCUGGAGGAGGGGAGGGUGGACGCAGACACCAAUGUCUCGCUGCGACUGUCCCGGGUUGGGGUGCGGCACGAAGGAACCUACAUCUGCACCAUCUACCUGCCCCACCUCCACGCCCAGCAGGCCCUGGAGCUGCGCAUCACCGGUGAGUCUGGGGGAGCCCCUCUGAGCUCCUGCCUCUGCUCCCAGCCUUGGGGGAGGUCGAUAUGAGAUGAUCUUUGCACC